AUGUCGGGUAUCGCUUCCAAGAACCUUUACGAGCUUCUCGGCAACGACCACGAAUAUGAUUCCGACAAGGAGCCAGAGCCACCAGUGAAGGUUGUCGAUAAGACUCCAGCCCGCAACACCAAGCGCAAUGCUACUGGAGAGGCACCAGCAGCCAAGGCUCCUGUAGCUGACGGACGUGGUGCUCGUCGUGGAGGAUACUCCGGAAACGAAGGUGCAUUCCGUGACCGUAACGCUGGCAGCGCCAACAACCAAGGCAAGCCAACCGAUGACUCUGUCCGACAAGAUCGUCACCCAAGACGUGAAGGUGGUGGACGUGGCCGAGGUGGUGCUCGUGGAGGCGCCAAAUUCGAUCGUCACAGCCGUGGUGUCGGAGGUGAUUCCGAGAAGCAAGCUGCUCAUGGCUGGGGUGCUACCGAAGGUGGUGCUGAGCUCGCUGAUGAGCAAGCCGGUGAAGCUAUUGCCAAGACCGAGGCUAAGGAAGAUGGUGAAGCAGCUGAGGCCGCCGCUGAAGAGGCUGAGCCAGAAGACAACAGUGUCUCUUACGCCGAUUACCUCGCUCAAUUAGAGGAGAAGAGAGCCGCACUCAACGCCGCUACUCCUGAAGCUCGCAAGCCAGACAGCAAGCUCGACAAGAAGUGGGCCAACGCCAAGCCUAUCUCCAAGGAGGACGAGGAAGACUUCGUCGCUGGAACUGGUGGCAAGGCUAAGCGUGAACGCCAACGCACUCAGAAGCAAACCAUUGAGAUUGAUCAACGUUAUGUUGAACCCACUGAACGUGGUGGUGGUAGAGGAGGCUUCCGUGGAGGCCGCGGACGUGGUGAUGGACCACCACGUGGCGACAGAGGAGGUUUCCGAGGACGUGGUGAGGGCCAACGUGGACGCGCUCGUGGCGAUAGAGGCCCACCACGCCAAAGUGCCCCAAGAAACGGAGGUGCUUCUGCAUCCAUCCAAAUUGAGGACCAAUCUGCUUUCCCAAGCCUUGGCGCCUAAAGUUUCAUUGAAACUGAACCUGCCGAUCUUUCACAACAUGGCAUAACAUGAUAUGUAGAAAUGAUCUCAAAAAAUUUGUGUUUUACGCAAUCGUUAUAUGAGAAACAAAAAAUUUGAUUAAAAAACGGGCCAAAAUUGCAUUGUGAACUGGUUAAUGAAGGAUUUUGCUCAUAAUGAAUGUACAGAGAGGUUCUACGACUAAAAGGGACGUAUUGGCUCUCAAUUAUGUUUCGUGAUGGGAUAUUUCUCUUUUCCACUUUUACAACUUGUCUUUUUGUCUUUCUUUGGUCUUACCUUGCGGAUGGUGAUGUGACGGUCUGGGGGUGGGAUUUGGUUACCUGGACUUUUCUUCGCAUUUCACUUGCUUGUAACGGUAGAUAAAAUGAAACGGGUGUUUUCUCUCUAUCUUGAUUUUGGGGGUCUUGAUAUUUAUUUGUUGCUUAGACCUUGGCUCUUUGAUAGAAACAUAUCAAUGGGAAAGGGAAGUAAUGAAGUCUAGCUCGAAUGUCUUUUCAUCCAUGAAGUGAGAUAGGUGCGUAGCAAGAGCUACCAAUUAUAUGACACGCCUGCUGUUUCAUGGUACAUCUGAUGUCCUUGUCUGUAUAUAUGUAGUCAGCUAUGGAGAAGGUAUGUCCAAGGAAUUUUAGAUUUACAAGUCUGAGAUUUCCCGAGUACAUUAUUAU